UAUAAAGACAAAAUCGAUACUCCUCAGCCCCUACCGCCCCCCACCCCGUGCCUCGCCGGAGCUCCGCCGCCGCCGCUACCGCCUUAUCCGAGCCGUCGUCCAAUGCCCUUCACGCCAUCGUGGGGAGCUUCCGAUUCCUAAUUCUCCUACGCCCCUGGUCCGAAGUUUCUGACGAGGAGAAAGAGGAUUGACGAAGAGAAGGAGGUGGUGCUCGCGGGUCGCGGCCGGGCGCCGGAGCUAUGGGGUCCCGGCGUGGGGAGAUUUGCGUGAGGAAGGGGUUGCUUGCCGGUCCCUUGACGUGCCCGCUCUGCCGGGGCCUCCUGCGGGACGCCCACGCCUUCACGGAGUGCGUCCAUACAUUUUGUCGAGAGUGUAUUAUGAAGAAAAUAGAUGAUGAGGAGAUCGAAUCCUGCCCAGUAUGCAACAUUUAUCUUGGUAUUGCUCCUGAAGAGAAACUCAGGCCUGACAACAAUAUUCAAGCUCUCAGGAAAAGGUUGUUUCCGCUUAAGAGGGCAGAAUUUGAUGCUUCUAACUUUCCAACAGUUACAUCGCCAUUAAAGGGAAAACAGAGGUCUCUUUCUUCCUUGGUAGUUGAAACCCCAAAGGUUGCUGCACAACCUGUUUUGACAGGAAAGAGAACCAAAGCUACAAGGACAACUUUUCGUGCAACUUCUUCUCUCAGUAACAAUGGAACCGUGAAAUUACUGAUUACUGAAGGACACGAUCAUGAGACGGGGAAAAUCUCAGCAUCAAAAUCUACCAAGAUGACAACAAGUGCGAUUAAAAAGCAGAUUAAAUCAGAUAUAGUAGCCUCAAGUCAGCCUUGUCCUCAGGAUAGAAAGAACAGCAAGACAAUGGACAUGGAAGAGCUCUGUAAACCCUUGAGCAGUUUCCUUGAGGCAAGUGGGACAAAAUCGCUCAGAUCAAAUCUCAAAAGCCAUGCUGCCGCCGCCAAGGAGGACAAAAUAAAGAGCACUAAUGGUAAAGUGACUAUUACUGAAACAAGGGUGCGUGAGGCAAGCAGGGAGAAAUCGCUUAAAUUAGGUCCUAAAAGCCAUGCUGCUGCCACCAAGGAGGACAAAAUAAAGAGCACAAAGAGUGAACAAGUGGCUAACACUGGAACAAGUGUGGGGUCACAUUCAAAUAAGUUAACACUUCGAAAGGAAAAGAAUGGCGAUUCAGAUAACUUGUGGAAAAGCCCAGAAGGAGAUUAUGGGCAGGUCCUGCUUGGUUCUACAAGCACUGUUUAUUUACAUGAUGGAAUAACUACCCCAGUGUGGUUUUCAUUAGUCACUUCGCCGCACCAGUCAGAGAAGCUGCUGCCUCAGAUACCAAAUGCUUACUUGAGAAUUAAAGAUGGAACCUUGCAGGUUUUCUCAGUCCAGAGGUACAUUAUGCAAAAACUUGAGCUAGCAAGUGAUGAUGAGGUGGAGAUAUUAUGCCAUGGCAUGCCAAUUUGCCCCUUGAUGAUGCUGAAGGACCUACUGGAGCUGUGGCUGAGCCGCCAGCCGCAGCAUGAGGUCCAGGUUCCGGUGGGCGCUCCGGCCAAGCAGUUCGUCAUGGUGUUGGGCUACCGCCGGCGAAGUUAGCCUCCUACACAUGCCAUUACAGCGCCUCCUUUGUAAGUGGGGCAAGAGGUUUUUGCUCCUAGCUAGCUAGCUCCUCCGCGUGAUCUGAUUGUGUCCGGUGUCAUUUUUUUUCUAGGAUACAAACAUUUUUUUCCUAUAUGGAGUAUAUAAAGUUGUUUAAUUACUCAAGUUAGAACCUGCAGGUAGAGAUUCAAAGCGUGUUUAUAUAUCCA